CAAUCACUGGCCUACAUCGCACGCCGAUACGAGACGUACAGCAAGUCACAUUUCGUGAUUCGUGUCACGUCGUGUAGCCCUGUCACUGUAGCUGACGCUAGGAGCCGCCCCACCGUGCGCGCCCCAGCUAGGAGCCGCCCCAGCCUAAGAGCCAGCCGCCGCACCGCGCGCGCCCCACAAGACAUUGCCUAAAUCAGCACACAAAUGUCGGCGAUCUUCAACUUCUCGUCGUUGGUCGUCGUGCUGCUCCUCUUCGUGUGCACGACCGCCUACCUUCGCGCGCUGCGGCCGACGAUCUUCGACGGCCACCUGACGGCCGAGGACCUCGCGGACCCGCAGUCCCACCGGCGGCGGACGGGCGUGCGGGGCUUCUGCUGGCGGGCCUCGCGCGUCGGCGAGCGCGCGUCGCCCUACGUCGCCGUCUCGCUCGCGGCCAUGGCCGUGCACAUCAUGGUCGCGUGACCGUUUGUGCAAAAGGGGCGCUUACUGGGUAAGUCCAUGUUAUGUAUAAAAA